CCUCGAGGAACACCUAUGCCCAGGGGCAGGGGGUUCCUUUAUCUUUCUCCCUCUGCCGCAAUCCAUUUCAUUGUGCUUGCAGGACUGUCAUCCCUCCCCUUGUUGCCAGUGGUAUCCGGAGGUUCCCGCGACACCUUCUGGUGCCGGAACUAAGGUCUGUUGUUCCUUUCGUGAGGUAGAGCACACUGAAGAUGAGGGAAAUCUUGCACAUUCAGGGAGGACAGUGCGGUAACCAGAUCGGAGCUAAGUUCUGGGAGGUUGUGUGCGAGGAACAUGGGAUCGACCCUACCGGGACAUACCAGGGUCUGUCCGACUUGCAGUUGGAGCGCAUCAAUGUGUAUUACAAUGAGGCCAGCGGCGGCCGUUACGUGCCGCGCGCAGUGUUGAUGGAUUUGGAGCCUGGAACCAUGGACAGCGUUCGGUCUGGUCCUUACGGACAGAUUUUCCGCCCGGAUAACUUUGUGUUUGGCCAGACUGGUGCGGGUAACAACUGGGCGAAGGGACAUUACACCGAGGGAGCUGAGUUGAUUGACUCUGUUCUGGAUGUGGUGCGGAAGGAGGCUGAGAGCUGCGACUGUUUGCAAGGUUUCCAGGUCUGCCACUCUUUGGGAGGAGGGACUGGAUCGGGAAUGGGAACGCUCCUAAUCUCAAAAAUCCGUGAGGAGUACCCCGACAGAAUGAUGCUGACAUUUUCAGUGUUCCCGUCGCCUAAGGUGUCUGACACUGUGGUGGAACCUUACAAUGCUACUCUUUCCGUUCAUCAGUUGGUGGAGAACGCCGACGAGUGCAUGGUGUUAGAUAACGAGGCUCUCUAUGAUAUUUGUUUCCGGACUUUGAAAUUGAUCACUCCUUCGUUCGGUGACCUGAAUCACCUGAUCUCCGCGACGAUGAGCGGUAUUACUUGCUGUCUGCGUUUUCCCGGCCAGCUGAACUCUGACCUGCGGAAAUUGGCGGUGAACCUGAUUCCCUUCCCGCGACUUCACUUUUUCAUGGUUGGUUUCGCACCCCUGACAUCUAGGGGAUCCCAGCAGUACAGGUCGCUGACAGUUCCUGAGCUGACCCAGCAAAUGUGGGACGCGAAGAACAUGAUGUGUGCUGCCGAUCCCCGGCAUGGAAGGUACUUGACCGCGUCGGCGAUGUUCCGAGGCAAGAUGUCGACGAAGGAGGUUGAUGAGCAGAUGAUAAACGUGCAGAACAAGAACUCGUCGUACUUCGUCGAAUGGAUCCCCAACAACGUGAAGUCAAGCGUGUGCGACAUUCCUCCGACGGGUCUGAAGAUGUCUUCGACCUUCAUUGGUAACUCUACUUCAAUCCAGGAGAUGUUCAGGCGAGUGAGCGAGCAGUUCACCGCUAUGUUCAGGAGGAAGGCUUUCUUGCACUGGUAUACCGGCGAGGGUAUGGACGAGAUGGAGUUCACGGAGGCGGAGAGCAACAUGAACGACUUGGUGUCCGAAUACCAGCAGUAUCAAGAUGCGAGUGCAGAAGAGGAGGGUGAAUACGAGGAGGAUUUAGAAGAGGCUUAAAUGCGACCCGAAGGAUGAGUACACGCGUUUUGGUUUUACGUUACUGACUUUUAGCUCCUCCAUUCACACUGCAGGCCCUGGUUUACUGUUGAAAGCACGGUUAUACCCUCCGUAAACUGAACAUUCUGUUUCAGCGCGUCGUGUCUUAGUUGUCCUUUGGUUCACUUUUUAGUUUGGAAGCAAGUCGUUGUAUAGAUGAUACUUAGCACAUAUAGUUGCUGUCGAUUUGUUUUAAGUUCAGCAUUCCGCUGCCUGAAUUUCAGUAAAUACCUUGUCCAACUUCGAUGCAAUAUAAGUUGGCUUCAGUAUCCAGUCUUGCCUUA